AUGGCAGCACCAAAAUCAUCCGGGGGAAGAGGUGUCUCCUGGAGGGAGAAGGAAACCCUGGACCUCUUGGAAUUUUGGGGAGAAGAGAAGGUACAAGAGGCGCUGACAAACUGUCAUCGAAACAUUGAUGUUUUUGACCGCAUCGCGGAGCAGAUGGUGUCACGAGGCCAUGCAAGAACUGCGCUAGAAUGCCGAACUAAGACCAAAGCUUUGCGACAGGAAUACAAGAGGGUUGUGGCUCACAAUGGAAGAUCUGGAAAUGCCCCCGCCACAUGCCCCUUUUAUGCCCAACUCGCAAGGAUUUUCAGAGGCGAUGCUAGCAUCAGGCCGCAAAGGGUGGUGAGAAGUCUUCAACUACAGUCUGCAGGCCAUGAGAAAAACAUGAACCCAAAUCCAUCACUCAACGGAAACAAUGCUAUUUGGGAGGGAUCGGAGGAGCUGUUCACGCAUCCGAUGGUGACACUGAAUCUCCAGGAGGUCCACACCGCAAUGCCCAGUGAUUCAGGUUCUCCCACGGAGACCGAUACAUCCACAGAUGACGGAUCACUCAAUUCUGGCCAGGCUUGCGAGGAAGAUCCCACCACAGAUGAUCAAGACAUGACACAGAUUGAGGACUUCCCUGAGGUGCUGGGUCAGGAACUGGAAGAUGCCCAAGGUGUUCGAGAAAAUCCACAGGAGGAAGAACGACCCAUGGCAACAACGGCACAACUUUCUCCAGCCACGCGCUUGGAGAAAGCUCGUACCAGGACCAGGCGUGUCUCACUUCUAACAAGUGUUGCUGAGAAGAUGCUGUCUCAGGCUCAGAGGGAGGAUCUGCAACAAAGACAGGAACGCAGACAACUUCUGGAAGCGACCACACAUUGGCGUUCAGCUAUGGAUUCAGAGACGCGAUGGCAUGAGGAUAUUAUCAUGGAGGCCAAAGAGGACAGAAGAGCUUUUGUUGAGGCACAAAAUAGAAAUGCGGAGGGUCUCAAUAAGGCUGUCACUGCACUCUACUCCUUGACCGAACUCUUUGUCAAGGAGCAGAGAGCUGGAGCAGUCCCAGCAAGUAUUGAAAAUUCCCCAAGUAAUAGAAGACAAAUCAGGCAUCCCGAAGUUCCACUGCGAAAGAGAGCAUGGGUAAUUAAAAAAAGGGAGAGAUUUGAUCCCUCAUGUUGA